AUUGUUUUUAACCUCUUGUGAACCAACGCCCAUCCCAUGUGACAGUUAUUUGAAAACGUCAACUUCGCGGGGAAAUUGAAAAGUUUUAUACAAACGGUUGUCCAGCCAUUUUCGAUGUUCCUCGCCAUGCCCUCUCUGCAGGACUGUGUUCAGCUAAACUGUGGCGUGCAUAUGCCACUCUUGGGUUUGGGUACCUACCACCUCAACGGGGAGGAGCUGCACGCGGCAGUGAACGCGGCAUUAGGUGCAGGGUACCGCACUUUUGACACGGCUGCAGUCUAUGGCAACGAGGCAGACAUGGGCCGAGCGCUCAGGGAACUCCUGCCACAACACGGUCUCACUAGGGAUGAUGUGUUCAUCAUAAGCAAGCUGGACCCGGCAGACCAUGGUCCCCGUGCGCUCGACGGAUGCCUGAGGAGUCUGGACCAGCUGGGUUGCGGCCCCAUCGACCUCUUUCUCCUUCACUGGCCGGGCACCGGGGGCUUGGACGCGGGCGACACACGAAACGCCAGCAACCGUGCGCAGAGCUGGACCAUCUUGGAGGACCUGUACGCUAGCGGAAAAUUCCGGGCGAUAGGUAUCUCAAACUAUACACCGUCGCAUCUUAGCGAGCUUCUGGGGAACUGCCGCGUGACCCCCGCUGUAUUACAAGCGGAGUUCCACCCCAAACUGAGCCAGCGCGAGCUUAGAGUGAUGUGCAGAGAGGGUGGUGUGUGUUUCCAGGCCUACUCGUCUUUAGGUAAAGGAGCUCUGUUGAAGGAGCCAGAGGUGCGUGCUGUGGCGACCGCGUGUGGGCGCACACCCACUCAGGUGCUACUCAGGUGGGCCCUCCAACAGGGCGUGUCCGUGCUGCCGAGGUCGCGGGAGGCCCAGCGGGUGCAGGAGAACGCACGCGUGUUUGACUUUGAGUUGAGCCCACGAGACAUGCUGCGACUCAGCAGCCUGGACUGCGGCUGGAGGUUCUGUAAGAGAGACCCAUCAUCUGUGGCCUAGAACCUCAGGGACCACCCCUUAAGUAAGAACAGAGGCGUCGUCUGAAGCUAGGUACCAGCCUGGGUUAGAUGUGGUGCUGAUUGAAACGGGUCAUGCCUUGUUGUGGACCAGAAUCAGCUGGGCUGGUUGCUGCUGUCUGUCAUUGAACUAUUGUCAUUCAGUGGUAAUUAACAUGGUAAUAAAAUACUUUGACUAAG